AUGGCCGUUCAGUCCAAACUGCUACCGCCCGAACGUUCCGUCAAGCAGAUCCUCUCAAGUCUCACGUCCCUCUAUCUCCGAAAUCGUACCCGUAUCUCGCGCGGCGUAUAUCUCGCCCUUUUCGCCGCACUUGCCAAACGCAUCCAUAAUGCCAUCUCGGAGCAGAAAGCCGCGUCUCAACAGGUCGAGCUGCGGCGCCGACCCGGAACCAGCAGCCUUGGCGAGGAGGAACAACCCCGCAAGAAGCGCGUGGAGAUCAACCGGGAGUUCUUCAAGAGCCUGCUUCGCUUAUUGAAGAUCGUCAUCCCAGGAUGGCGCAGUAAAGAGCUACGUCUCCUGGUGAGCCAUAGCGUGUUUCUGGUGCUGCGCACGCUGCUCAGUCUGUAUGUCGCCGAGCUGGAUGGUAGGCUCGUGAGCAACCUGGUACGCGGCAAAGGGAAGGACUUUUUGCUCGGUCUGUUUUGGUGGAUGAUCGUAGCUGUUCCCGCAACUUUCACAAAUUCUAUGCUUUCAUACCACCAAUGCAAACUAGCACUCAGCUACCGGAAGCGCCUUACGGAAUACAUACACGACAAGUACUUGUCAAAUAUGACAUUCUAUGCCAUAUCCGCCUUGGACGAUCGGAUUAAGAAUCCGGAUCAGCUUGUCACAGUGGAUGUUUCGCGCUUCUCGGAUAGUUUGGCAGAGUUGUACUCCAACCUGGCCAAGCCGGUGCUCGACAUGGCAAUCUACAACUACUCCCUCUCCAAAAAUGUUGGAGGCGAAGGACUGUUCAUCAUGAGUCUGCUAGUGCAGCUGUCGGCCAAUGUCAUGCGUAUGCUGACCCCGCCAUUUGGCAAGUACGUUGCCGACGAGGCUCGACUGGAGGGCGAGUUCCGUUUCCUCCAUUCGCGGCUCAUUGACUACAACGAAGAGGUCGCCCUUUAUCACGGCCACGAGGCCGAGAAGGAUACUCUGGACAAGGGCUACUUCACCCUCAUCAAGCACGUGAACCGAAUCUUGCGCCGGAGACUUUACCACGGGUUCAUGGAGGACUUUGUGAUCAAAUACUUCUGGGGAGCCUUGGGCUUAAUGCUGUGCAGUGUUCCUGUGUUCUUCAAGAUUCCUGGCCAGGCCACCCAAAGCAUGGGUGAUCAUACAGAGAGCUUUGUGACCAACCGCCGAAUGUUGCUUUCCUCGUCUGAUGCUUUCGGUCGGCUAAUGUUCUCUUACAAGGAGAUCUCAGAGCUAGCCGGCUACACCUCACGUGUCUCUUCAUUAUUAGAAGUCAUGGAUGACUUGCUCGCUGGGAGGUUUGAGAAGAAACUAGUAUCUUCCGCCUCCACCGAGGAAAACGCAGAGGUUCUUUCUGGCAGAGGCGAGGUCGAGGAAAGCGAUGUUAUCGAAUUCACAGACGUGCCAAUCGUAUCACCAAAUGGUGAUGUGCUCGUGCGCAAGCUCUCCUUCACCGUUCAUCCGGGAGACCACCUUCUGAUUGUUGGGCCUAACGGUUGCGGUAAAUCGUCUCUGUUCCGAAUUCUUGGCGGUCUCUGGCCGGUAUACGGAGGCAAGGUGAAGAAGCCCCGUUUCGAGGAUAUCUUCUACAUCCCCCAGCGACCGUAUCUGUCCCGUGGCAGCCUGCGACAGCAAGUCAUCUACCCAGAUGGUGUUCGUGAGAUGCGCGCCAAGGGUAUCACCGAUGAUGACCUUUACGAGGUCCUGUCAGUGGUUGAAAUCGCGUCCGUCGUAGACCGCCCUGGAGGCUGGGAUGCGGAAGAAGAGUGGCGCGAUGUUCUGUCCGGUGGCUUGCAGCAGCGCAUCGCUAUGGCCCGUCUGUUCUACCACCGUCCCAAGUUUGCCAUCUUGGACGAGUGCACCUCCUCGGUGACGUUAGAAAUUGAGAAGGUUAUGUAUGAGACAGCUAAGAAACUCGGCACCACGCUCAUGACCGUGUCGCAUCGGCGCAGUCUCUGGAAGUAUCACCAGAAGAUUCUGCAAUUUGAUGGAGAGGGCGGGUACAUUUUCACCGGAUUGGAUUGGGAGCGACGAUUGAAACUUGAAGACGAGAAGGAAGAGUUGGAUCUUCAACUGCGGGCUGUUCCGGAAUUACAACGCCGGGUUGUUGAAUUAACGGCGAAUUAG